AAGGCUGUAUGAAUCAAUCAAGUUGAAUUUGAAUUUGAUUUUGAUUUUGAUUUUGAUUUUGAUUUGAAUUUUGGAAUUUGAACUUCAUCCAACAUCCAACAUCCAAUAUCCAUCAAAGUCUCACCAAACCAAACGCUUCUUCCCACGGCGGAAAAUACUUCCACUGACUUACUACUUCCCACUACUGUCCCGUACUGCAAAGAGAACUAAAACCACCACCGCCAACCACCACCAACCACCACCACUACACACUUUAUUACCUCACACUACUGACUGCUACUUUACUUUACCGACCGAUCAAUCCUUCCUUCAAAUCAACCAUCACUUUUUCAAAUAUUUAAAAAUCAAAUCAAUUAAUUCUCAACUUCUCUACUAUAUCUUUUUGAUCUCUUUUAAUAUUUUCAUGAAUCUCUCCUGUUCCCAGCAAAUCGAUAAAUUUCAUGAGUCAAAAUGACAGACGCUUGCAUUGUAUGUUUAGAAGAUCUGGAGGUUCAACAUGAAGUUGGGGCCCAGGUCCAGGUCCCAUAUCCAGAUGAUGCUGCAGUGGUGCAAGACCGGCAAGACGCCCAAACCAUUCCCCAUGAUGAUCUCGAGGGGGGCAAAGCGAGCAAAGCACGAGAAUCCCAUUCCGAUUUCCUUGAAAUUGUAAAGGGUCCGAAUCAUCAUCAACAACAUCAUCAUUAUCCUGCGAAAAUCAAUAGCCCGCUUUGCGUGGCUCAGAUUAAACCUUGUGAUCAUGUUUUACAUGAUCAUUGUUUGAGGGAAUGGAGUCAAAAGGCUAAUAGUUGUCCGAUUUGUCGGGCGAGUUUUAAUUUGGUCGUGGUACUUGAUAAGGUUGGAGGUAAGCUUGUUACUUUUUAUUUUUGGAGUCCCGAGGGUUUCAUAUUGGGAAGGAAAGAUUUUAAAUCCAAAUUCUUGGUUGGCAAUAUUUUUUGAAGCUGCGGGGAGUUUAAUCGCUUUUGCGACGGUUGACUUUCAUCUCUUGGAAGUUAUGCACGAUUUGCGACUUUCACCCAUGACUUGAUGGCUGCCUACCACCUUACGAGUUAUACACUUAUUCAAAACAAUUACUAACUUAUUUUUUACAGGAUGUGUUCAAUCUGAAUAUGCCGUCGAAGAUCGAAAACAAACUGCCGAGUUUGAUUUAACUGAGUGGCAAGUAAAUAAUCCAGAAGAAUAUGAAGAAGAGGAAGAUGGAAGAUCUUGUCCAAUAUGCGAUCAGUCAGACCAAGAAGAUGUCCUCUUAUUAUGCGACGGAUGCGAUGCACCUUAUCAUACACAUUGUAUUGGUUUAAGCAAUGUUCCAACUGGUAAUUGGUAUUGUAUGGAAUGUGUGGAAAGCGGUGCUUUUACUCAGCAUGAUGAAUCGCAAGGACCGGCAAGGGCUAUACCAUUCUCAGGACCAAAUAUCAGCAGAACUCAGGCUAGCGUUCGACGUGCUCGUAGGAAUGGCAGACAAGAUAGAUGGAUUAAUGCUUGGGGUCAAUUAAGUAGCGCAAUUCGAAAUGUCGCUGGUGUUGAUCUGGAUUUUGCCGAGGAUGAUCAGGAGUUGAGAGGGUAUAGGGAUCUUCAACAUUUUUCUGCUACAGAAUUUAGAAGAUGGGAACAACGAAUACAUAUUGCCAGGCGUCAAGGUGCUGAUCAAGUAUUUCGAGCCGCAGCACCACAGGUUGUUAGAGAACGAAUUGAACCACCGCCACCUGUGGUUGAAACUCGUGAGGAAAGGCAAGCAUGGGGAGCAAUGGAGAGAGCUCAAAAUCUCGAGGAUGCAUCAAAUGCAAGAAAGCGCAGAAGAUCAACUACUGCGUCACCGGCUAGCCGUAGCCGUAGUAGUUCAACACCAGAGGAACCUGAACGUAAACAAAAGCGUCCAAGAACACGAAUUGUUCAAAAUGGAUCAUCUGUCGCAUCAUCUAGUACAAAUAAUCAACCUCGACCUCAAUCUAGCAGAAGCAAUGGUUCACCAACACAAUCACCAAGAUCCACAAAUACAAUUAACACAAACUCGGAACCUACUUUUCUUUCUUCACUUCUUCGAGAAGUUGAGAUGGCUCCGUCAUCUGAUGAAGAUUCAAUAAGGUUUGGAUUAGAUGUUACAUCUAAUCGAGCAAAUGGUGUCACAAGUCCAUCUUUUGAUUAUUCUUCUCCAGCUACUUCACCAGCAUCACCAGCAUCUUCUUUUCAUAGUCGCGCAUUAUCGACCACACCUCCACCAAGAGGUAGACAAUCCCGUUCCCCUCCUUUAAGUACAACUGUUAUGCCUGAUUUUUCUGCUGUACAUUAUUCACCAAAUCGAUCAUCACCAACUGACUCGAUAAAUCAAACAGUCUCAAAUGAAAAUAGGAGAAAGAGAGAUGGAUCUCCUGUAUCAGAAAUUCGACAACCUCAAACUCGCAGGCAUAAAUCAGCUCGAGCAAGAUCUCAAGAUUCUUCACCUGUACGAACAAAUGUACAAUCAACAUCAGGAUCCGAAAAUACUUUACCAGUACGAAAUACCAUGUCAGUUGAAGAAAAAGAAAGUAUUAGCAAAGUGGUUAAAACAGCUCUAGGACCUCAUUGGAAAUCUCAAAAGAUAUCAAAUGAACAAUAUUGUGAUAUCAAUCGAAAUGUAUCAAGAAAGCUUUACGAAUUUGUUGCCGAUAAGAACAUCUCUGAUGGAGAUAAAAGUUCAUGGGAAAGGAUUGCUACUUCAGAAGUUAGUAAAGCAGUUCGAUCUUUAAGAAAUUAAUUUCAACAAAAUGGGUUGAAAAUUUAAUAAUGACGCAUUCACGAACAAAUGGAGAUUUUAUGGAUACAUUGGGAAUUUUUUCAUUUGGCAUCAUAUGGGUAUAUCUUCCCAGGAGUCUAUGGUAUUUGAAGCGAAAGACAAUUAGCGAUCGGAUAUUUUAUUAUUGCGAUUUGGGAUAACACUUUUUUUUCCGUCGAAAUAUAAUUGGUGUUAUAUGGAAAGGAAUGGAGCGAUUCAUUGCAUGGCAUGCAUGGUACAAUGGGUAAAUGGAUGGAUGGUAUGAAUUGCUAUUAUGAUACCAAUGUAUUUUUGCGCUGGAGCAAUAAUAAGGUGUUUAUCGUCUUCUUGUUCUGGAGAUUGGGGUGGAGGAUUUGUUUUUAAUACAUUUGAUGAAGGGAAUUGGAUGGACUGUGAGUGUAUUGUAUCUGUACCUGGUAUUUUAUGGUAUGGGUGGCUUUUUGUAGUGGUGGGUUAGUUGAUGAGUGGGUGCGGAUGGAUAAUUGAUGGGAUGGAUGGAUUUGUAUAUUGAGGGUGAUGAAGAGGAGAGGGGAGAGGGAAGAGAGAAGAAAGAAGGCGGGAUGAGAGGAGAAUGUUGGGAUUACUGAGAAUAAGAAAAUUAUGGGAUGUCAAAUGGAAACGGAAAGGAAGGGAAGGAAUGGAAUCGAUUGAUGGAAUGGUGAAAUGGUGAAAUGGUGUUCAGAUACUCGUAGAU